UGUAUCUGAGCCAUGUUACAAGAAAACCAGGUUAGCAAAUUUGCAAGUUCAUGACAGAAGCGAAAAUGUGGAGGAACGGAAGCAGUGCUGAUUAUGAUGAAUCUUGCGUGGGACAGAAAUUGCUCCUACUCACAUCUCUAUUUUUAAGUAACACAUUUCUGCCUGAGGCUUCGUUGUUGAAACCUGGCAGCAUUUUCAUGCUCACAAACAGCUUAUUAGGCCUCAAGGAUCCAUUGUGACAUAACCCAUUUGAGCAUGGUGAGGGUGCCAAAGGCUGUCACAGGAGCAUGAGUUGAGGGCUUUGGGCUGUUAAAUGGCUACCUCAAGAUUUUACACUGUCUAGGGAAUUGAUUCCUUAUUCAAUUUUCAUAAUCAUUGGAUCGUUUAACAUCCCAGGUCUGGAAUUGUUUGCUUGGAUUGGGCGUUGUUUACAGGGGAACUGCCUGCAGUGUCAUCGGGACUCAUCGUCCUGCACUUUGAAGCCGCUGAGAAGAUCAAGCCUUUGAUCAAGCCCACCUAAGGCUAAGAUGUCAACAGAAGACAGAAGCAACAAGAAGAGGAGGCAUUCGAUGCUGGUGUUCUGCUGGGUCCCGAAGAAGGCGCUAGUCAAGAAAUCGUGCCCCACCAUCCCUGCCAAAUCUUGUGUGCCUUCGCUGGCUUGCAAUUCCCCUGAUGUUUCACCCUAUUGCACCCGGAGCAAGGCAAAACCUGCCCCGCUAAGGAGGUCCUGCAGGAGCAAGGCGCAAAGGUCACCAGAUUUCACCUACCCAAACUCUAGCUGCAGUAGCUCCUUCAGGAGGAGAAGGCGCUACAAGCAAACAAAGAAACAAACAGAAAGAGAGAAAGCAGGCGCCCAAGAGAGAGAAUUGCCUCCUGAUUGCCCUCUAGAUAGAGAACAGCUGGGGAGAAAUUCCUGGUCUUUUCUUCACACGAUGGCAGCGUUUUACCCAGAUCGGCCCAGUAGAACUCAGCAGCAAGAAAUGGUUCAGUUCAUCCACUUAUUUUCCAAGUUUUACCCUUGUGACGAAUGUGCGGAGGACCUGAGACACAGAUUACGAAGAAAUCAGCCUGAUGCAAGCAGCCAGCAUAAUUUGACACAGUGGUUCUGCCGGCUCCACAACGAGGUGAAUAAGAAGCUGGGAAAACCUGAAUUUGACUGUUCUCUUAUAGAUGAGCGUUGGCGAGAUGGCUGGAAGGAUGGGUCUUGUGACUAGAUACACUGCUAGAAGCUGUAUUGGUCCACCUUGAUUGAAAAAGAAAGAAAAAGGUAGAACCACAAAAUGAAGCCUGCUAUGGACUUUUGCAAUUGUGCUUUGGUAUUGAGGUUGAUGUGAUAUAGAGGGAGAAGGUGCAGGUGUUAGAUACAAUCACGUGUCUUGUCUGAUUGUUUCUGAUCCUGGAAAAAUCAGAAGUCCCUGAAGCAGUUUUAGGUUUAUGAGAGUCUUCCAUCUGCCGGUUGUCUCCUGCUUCUGACAGUCUGAGUCUUCUUCAGUUACCAGCCAAUGCUGCCUUAAACAUUUAAUCAAUGUUUUCUUAAGUGUUAGGGUGAGGGGAAACAUUUCUCCAACUACUGCCCUGGGCUGAAAAACACCUCUCAAAGUUCUGGGUCUUUCUUGCCUUUUCUCUUUUCCCCCCCAACCCCCCUGCCAAGGCAUCUCUUAACUUUCAUUGUGAUUCUUCCCUAUCCUAUGUAAUUUGGAAUGCAGGUAAAAUUGUUAUCUUAAAGUACACAAGUAAUUGAACUGCUCUGGAGCUGCAUGGAAGCCUUCUUCCAUGGGAUACUUGAAGCAGCCUUCCCCAGCUGGGGCCAUUGGGAGUUGUAGUCUAAAACAUCUGGAGGGCACCAGGCUGGAGAAAAUAUUCGAUAAUUCAGGUACCAACAAAUGUGUACAGUUACAGAAUUCCAAUAAUUUCUAUUUUGCCAAAGAAUAUUAAAAUCAUUUCUGAGUACAAGUCGAGGCCUUACAUUUCAGCUCUGCUAACUGAUAUUCUUUACAUUUCACUCUCUUUGACAAUAAGGAAAUCCGAAUGAAGGGAAUAAAUAAACACAGGUAAAUUAGGAUUAUGUAUGUUAAGUGUUGAACUCCAACUCUUGGGGGUGGGGAGCAUGAAGGUUCCAUAAGUCCCACUGCAUUAGAAGAGCCUUUGAGCUUUUCCAAGCAAAUACUUUUGUUUUACUUAAUCAGAACUUUGUGUAUAGAAAGUCACAUGUGCUGUGGCUGUGCUCUGAGCAUACCAAGUUGGAGAUGGACAAUCAUGUUUUGUAGGAGUCUUAGACUGAUUACACAAUCACCACCAGUGACAUUGCUUGUAAGUUGAAGACCUGGCAUUGGACAUUUGAAGAGAUUGUUGCCUCAUGCGCACUCUGCAUGUGGUCCUCCCCUAGUACUACAGAAAACCUUGAGCUGUGAAUUGUACUGCAUCGGUUCUAGGGUAGGUUUAACUUCUUAGUCACAAGUGAAAUUCAAACAGUUUGCACUCAAACUACAAUUAUGUGAAGCCAUUUACCUGAUUUAGAUAUAACCAUGGUUUGUUGUUUACAUAUACAAGCUGCAGCAAGCCUUGAUCUUGCACAUUCCACUCUCCUUUCCUCCUUCAUGCGCACUGAGAAGGCACUUGAAACUUCAAUUUGUGGUUUGUAACAAACCCCAGUUUCCCAUUUUGUCCAAUUAUGGGAAACUGGUUUGAGCAAACCAUGGUUUGCCAUUUCUGACUUGGUAACUAUCAAACCAUGGCUUGAUAUCAUGGUAUGUUAACUGACUAUGGUUCUAGAUUCAUACAUCUGCCUCCCACUAUGGCCUUUAUUAAUUUGUUCAUUUCAUGAGCUACUUUAACAGCCACAUUGUUAAGUGAAUUUCAUCACUGGAAAUAAAUGAGUAGCUCUCAGGCACCUUAUUAACAAAACGUGAGUUUACACGGGUAACUUUUUAAGCGUUAUUUUUUGCAGAGGUUUCUGUCAAAUUGCUGCAGCCCAGUUCAGUCAGGGAAGAAGCUUUGUGCAAGCACAGAGGGUGCCCUAUUUACUAUAACACUGGGAAAAUUUGCUGUGGGUGCAGCCUCACAGAGCACUGUGGAAAACUGCUCACAUCGAAGCCCUGCCAUAAAGCUUUGCCCACACUUAAUUUUUGCGGGAACAGACUCAGGCAGUAUGGCGUGACUGCCUAUACCACGCCCCCAGGAGAAUGAACUCAUCAGUAAAUCCAUUUAUGACUGGGCCACUUGAUAUAAACAGAGGCCAGAAAUAUCUUGUUUGCCUAGCUUUCCUGGUCUUUUGUUUCCAAGCUAAGUCUAUGCAUUGCUCAGUAUAGAUCAAAAGCCUUAUUGGCUACAGCAGCCUUCACCCCAGACUGACACCCUCCAGCUAUUUUCGACUACAGUUCUCAUCAGCCCCAACCAGCUGGCAGUUGGAGUCCAAAAUGGCUGUGCCAGUUGGGGCUGAUGGGAGUUGUAGUCAAAAACAUCUGGAGGGGACCAAGUUGGUGAAGGCUGAGCUGAGGGUUCUGGAGAUGGCGCAUGUGCUAAGAAUCAAGUGACGCUGCAGCCACUAAACUGCCUGUCCUUCACCCUCCAAGCACUGUUGGUCACGUUAAGAAUCCUGCGAUUUGUAGCAACUGGGCAAGUGAGAAUAUCGUGCAUGACUCAUUGACUGUAGCUCUGGUGCAUUUGAAAGUACUUUUGCGGUAUCCAGGCAAGGAGAUGGCAAUCCUAUGUGGUGACUAUAUUGCUAAAGUAAAUGGGAUUUUGCUUAAGGAAACGUUUUGUAAUUUAUAUCCUGAGUUAAACACACGUGAGCCACUCUGUAUGAUUUCAGGCAUUUCUGUUCAUUGGUAAAGCAAACAAUCAUUUGAAUGCACUUGAUGAAGGCAAUUGUAAAGUGUGUCUCAAAAUGUAUUUAUUUCCUGGCUGGUGACCAAACAAUAAAGUUAAAUAUUUCAUUUGUUUCCCUCC